GGKGGUCGGGUGAAAGGGAAGCAUGUGUGUGUGCUUAAGUGCUUGUGAGUGUGUGAGAGUAUGAAACCAGAGCCAGAGUGGGAUCAGGGGGAGAGAUGCUGCGAGAGGAUGAGGUCUAACAGGGUGAGGCAGCGGCGAGAGGCGCUGGGUGUGUGUGCGUGCGUGGGGGGGGAGUAGUAGUGUGUGUGAACAGAGGGAUGCAGUCAUGGCUCUGUGAGAGGGAGCAGCACAGCAACCGUAACCAUGCUGAGCCCCAAGAUAAAACAGGCACGCCGGGCUCGAUCCAAGAGCAUGGUUCUUGGCGAGUUGUCUCGACUCUCCAGGCCCUGCUCUCCUCAGGACCAGGAGAAACCCCUGAAGGCGGGCUGGCUCAAGAGGCAGAGGAGCAUCAUGAAAAACUGGCAGCUGCGCUGGUUCGUUCUGAGGACCGAGGCUCUGUAUUUCUACAAAGACCAGGAUGAAAGCAAGGCGCAGGGCUGCAUUCCUCUGCAGGGUAGCCAGGUCAAUGAGGUGCCUGCCAAUCAGGAUGAGCCCGCUCGACACCUGUUUGAAAUUGUUCCAGGCGGGGCUGGAGAAAAGGAUCGAACCGGCGUGAGCCAUGAAUCAUUCCUGCUGAUGGCCAACUCCCAGAGUGACAUGGAGGACUGGGUCAGAGCCAUACGAAGAGCUAUUUGGACUCCCCUCGGCGGAGGCAUCUUUGGACAGCACUUAGAGGAAACGAUGUCGUAUGAGGCGCAGUGUGGCCCCCAGAGAACGGUCCCUGUGCUGGUCGAGCAGUGUGCCUGCUUCAUACGCCAGCAUGGACUCAAGGAGGAGGGUCUUUUCAGGGCGCCUGGGCAGACCAAUCAUGUUCGAGAACUGCAGGAUGCCUUUGACCGUGGCGAGAAGCCAGUCUUUGACAGUUCCACCGACGUCCACACAGUGGCAUCACUGCUGAAGCUGUACAUCCGAGAGCUGCCAGAGCCAAUCAUCCCAUUCUCCAAAUACACCCAGUUCAUCUCUUGUGCUCAGCUUCUUACCAAGGAAAAAGAAAUGGGCAUCAUGGAACUGGGCAAACAGGUGAAAUCCCUUCCUCAGGUCAACUAUAACCUCCUUAAAUACAUCUGCAGGUUUCUGGAUGAGGUUCAGUCUCACUCCAUUGACAAUAAGAUGAGUGUUCAGAACCUGGCCACUGUGUUUGGACCUAACAUCCUUCGGCCAAGGGUGGAGGACCCCGUUACAAUGAUGGAAGGAAGUUCGCAGGUCCAGCACUUGAUGACGGUGUUGAUCAGUGAACACCACCGACUCUACCCAAACGAGGAAUCCCAAACUAUGAACAAAGUUUCUAACCAACAGGACAUCCAGCGAUGCAAAGUGGAAUGGCUUUCCCAGGAACAAAAUGACCCUCCAUGUUCAACAGAUGCGAGCUCUACAACCCUGAAAGAAGAUCCCCAAUCUUCCGCUCCUCCCACGGACGAAAAGCUGAUUACAUCAAGCCUUGUUACGUCCAAUAAGACUGAUGGCAAUCAAAACAAAGAAAAAGAUAAAAGCAAGACCAAUGAGAAAGCGGAUGGAAAAUCUGAGGAAGGAAAUGAGGUAGCUGUUAGCCCCAGCAAACAGUCUAAAGCCCUUCCUUCGUGGAAGGGCUCCUUCAAGGGCACCGCAGCCUCCGGGGGGCCAAAGGGGAAAAUAGGUGGCUCGGCAGGGGAUGUGUCAGCAGCUGGCGGGAGCAACUGGCUGAUGAACGGCCUGUCGUCCCUCCGAGCCCACAGACGCACCACCUCAUCUGGAGAAAAGGUGAAAGACUCUACUUUAUCUCUAAAGGACUCUGGCCUUUCUCUUAAAGAAACCACUCUUCCACAUAAGGACUUGCAGAGAGACUCCGAUGAGGAGUCCUCCCGAACAUCUUUGCCACUCAGGGUCCUCCAGUCCCACAGACUGUCUGCCUAUGACAAUGUUGGACCCUCCAGCCUAAGCCUGCCCGCCGACCCCUCGUCCAUCUGGACACCCUUUGAGAUCUCGAUAACGGAGACGGAGGGAAGUGAUAAAUUAGAGCAAGCGACAGACAAAACAAAUACAUCAGAUCACAGUGCAAGUGGCAACGAGGAGGAUGUGGCAGGAACAAAUGACGAUUUCACAAGAAAGUUCGCCCAACUCAAGCAGGAGCUGAAAAAACAGAAGAUAAACUAUGAAUCCUGCAUCCACAAGUUGGAGGAGUCCUGCUCCAAGUACCAGUCUCAAGUAAACCGCCUCGAAGAAGAGCUGAAUCAGGAGAAGAAGAAGUUUCAAAUGCUGGAGAUCCGACUCAGGAACUCGGAGCGGGCGCAUCAGGAUGCAGAAAAUCGGAACCUUCUCCUCCAGAAAGAGAUGGAGGAAUUCUUCAAGACGCUUGGAGAUCUGACUUCAGGAGCACCACAGGCCAAUUAGAACAGACCCAGGCURUACCACCGUCUGGUUCUGGAGGAGCUCAGUCUUUUGGAAGACCAACAGGGUCCGAAGCCUUUAAAAACAAAUACCUCUAGUGCAGCAAAAAACGCCAUCUUCUCCUCUUGUCCUGUGCCUCCCACUGAGCUGCACUGGUGCCAAACAAGAACUCCUCUGGACCAAGAACUUCUCAGCUUGUCAUUCCAAAAAAAUAAAAAAAACUUUUACUAAAAUGCGCCAUUAAGUUAAAUUAUUUACUUACUAAACUGCUUCCUGUACAACCAGUAAAAGCCUUAUGCACCCAGUGUUGUAUUUUUGUCAGUUUUAAACUUAGCUAGUUUACGGCUGUAAAUGAUGGUAAAAUGCGAGACCUUGAAGUUCAACUUUUUUCUGUGCUAAAGCUGGAGGCUUCAACUCUGGACAGUAUAAUAACUGAUCUGUUAGGGAGUCAACUCAGAAACUAAAAGUCAUAAAACUUGCCUUUUAAACCUCACCUUAAGAUUGCAAGAUCAUCCCAGUGGUGCUGAAUUGAUUUUGUAUUUCUCUAAAACGUACCUGCAUUUGUGCUUAGAAAAAGUCUUGCCAAGUCUUUUCUAUUUUUUUUUUCUUUUUAAAAAAGAAGUAGGUAGGCAAGAUCAUAAAACAGGAAUUCAAAGCAGCCUGUUGAGAUGUAUCAGGAAAAUCAAGAUGCAUUUUGGGAGUUAGUGCUGAAGGGUUGACGCCUGGUCUGCCUAAGCCAUGAAAACAAGUGGCAGACACCCACCUCUGGAUCCUCUGAAAACAUCCAUGCAACUGGAAAAUGUACAGAUCGAUUUUUGACUACACUAAUCCAUAGAUUAUACAGUAUUUAAGAAAAUGUAGAUAAACAAUAUCUGUAAGAUGUAUAAAUAAUUGAUGCCUUCUAGCUUGAAAUAAAAAUAAAAAAAUGUUUUUUUGUA